UUGUGUUUGUGUGAGAAAGCAGCAAGUAGUUAGACGCACGCAGCCUCCUGAACAUCUCCAUCCGGGCUCCUGUCACCGCUGCACCUCUACAAGUCUUUUACCACCGCACAACUCCGACUUUACCCUCGACAUGAUGGACGGGAAGCGAGUGGACACGAUCUCCGCCCGGGUGGACCGUGCGGCGGCGGUGGCGGCGGCUCCGGUCUCUUCCCCCGGCAGGAGCGCAGACCACAUGGAUAGUGUCGAGGAUGAACUUGAACUGUCUACGGUCCGCCAUCGUCCCGAGGGCCUGGAGCAACUUGAGGCUCAGACACGAUUUUCUCGCAAAGAGCUACAGAUUCUCUACCGCGGCUUCAAGAAUGAAUGUCCCAGUGGAGUGGUCAAUGAGGAGACUUUUAAAGACAUCUACUCGCAGUUCUUCCCACAAGGAGAUGCGUCGACAUAUGCACACUUCCUGUUCAAUGCAUUUGACACAGACCACAACGGAUCUGUGAGUUUUGAGGAUUUCGUCAUGGGCCUCUCUAUUCUUCUGAGGGGCACUGUGCAGGAGAAACUGAACUGGGCCUUCAAUCUGUAUGAUAUCAAUAAAGAUGGCUACAUCACUAAAGAGGAGAUGUUGGACAUUAUGAAGGCCAUCUACGACAUGAUGGGCAAGUGCACAUACCCCGUCCUCAAAGAAGAGACGCCUCGCCAGCACGUAGAGGUUUUCUUUCAGAAGAUGGAUAAGAAUAAAGAUGGAGUGGUAACCAUAGAUGAAUUUAUUGACUGCUGCCAAAAUGAUGAAAAUAUCAUGCGAUCGAUGCACCUGUUUGAGAAUGUUCUUUAACUUUCGGCUGGGUUUUGGAGGCUGUGGAGGAUCGAGAGGACUUCAUCUUUAGCUUGGCCCAGAGACAGACUUGGACUCAAACUGUGUACAGUGUGCUAUGCAGACUUUUGACCAUGAAAAUACCAUUAAAGCUCAUUACAGUGGGCCACAGGUAGGAGUAGGCAAUACAACAGGACCACUCUGGAGUUAAGGGCCAUUUAGUUGAAAGGCGUGACAGUGAAAAGAAGAACCUAAACACCCAACUGAUAAUGAAAAAACUACAUCAACUUGUAUUGUCUCUUGUGGGUCUUUGAUGGAUUCUAUUUCUCUGUAAAGCAACUUCCCAGCUUCAGUACAGCACCUUUUAAAGCCUUUACACCUGCUUUAAUUUACUGUCAAGCUGUGGUGGGUAUAGUACUCUGUUACAUUUACUUCAGUUGUGUAUAAGUGAUUAAAGCUUUCUGUUGACAAUUAUUAAUCAUUUGAAAAUUGGUGUUUCUUGCACCACUGAUUUGAAAAUCAGAUGUUGUAUCGCAAUAGUUACUUGGACUCACUCACUUCGGUAAUAGUUUCUGCAAAUAUUUGUACUCAUGCAGAUUUUUUAUUUCUCGGAUUGGAAUAUAUAUAUUGUUUUACUUUUUAAAUAACUGUACUCUUAGUCUAGUACAAUUUUUGGCUACUCUACCAACCUCUGCUGCCAACUGAAAUCACUGUGAAUUUUAACCACAUUCAAAACAUAAAUACAAAAAUGUCUACCUGCUGAACACAUUUUAGUCUGGUCUAAACUGGCUCUCAACUCCAGAGUCCUCCUCACCUUUUCUCAUUGUGGUCUGUGUUUUCUCUUAAAAGAAUUUAGAAACCAUUUUAAAAUUGUAUAUACUAUAGAUAAUAGAUAAGAACUAUAUGAGAGAACGUUUCAGCUUUGUCCAUGUUUACUUGCCAACCACGUUAAGACAAUACAAAGAUUGUAUUGAUGUCAAAUCGGACCAUAGUGUUGGUUUGUCAACAGAAGCACACACAUGUAACUUAGUGAGUAUGAUGUUGGACGACCAUGUCUUUGUCAGAAGAAAUGCUGCUUUUAGUGUUUUUCAGUUCAUUUUGUAAGUCUGUCCAUUCCGGGUAUAGUACAAACCCAAAUACAAAAAUUGUGAGGUAGAUAUUGUGUAAAAUGUAAAUAAAAUGCUAUGAAAUUUCUUAUAGUAGAAUAUUGUAUUUUAGGGUGUUCUCACAUUUGGUAAGUUAUUAAAGCACUAGGUUUGCAUGGUAAAAAUUUCUUCUUGGUCCCAAAAUUAUUCAUUGAAUUAAAUAGGAUGUAAUGAUUUUUAUGGCAGCAACACAAGCUGCAUAAGCUGAAUAAUCAACUAUGAUGUGAAAAGCAGUUAUGAUUUUACAUUAAUCUUACUGCUGGAGAUAUGGUCCCAACCACCAUCAACUGGACAUUCACACAUUCAUACAAACAAUAUGACUUUGUGGAUUUUCAAAGAUUUGAGAGAUCUCUUUCCUUUUUUGUACUGCAUAACACAAUUUAGGUUUCAGUUACUUUGUGAAUUUUCAACUUGUUGCCACCAUCAAAAUAACCAUGCAACACGUUUCAUUCAUAUUUUAAAUCGUUUUUACAGUGUCUCCUCUCUUAUUUGUACUUGGGUUUGUACAACAUGAGUUUGUCUUAGUUUUUAGCACUGGGGCAGUGUCGGUAUUAUUUAUAUGGUAUUACCUUCAUUGUACAAAGGAUUGUGAGUUGUACAGUAUUAAAUAAGAAUUCACCUCUUAAAGUGAAUAUGAGAUUUUAGAUUGAAUGCUAUCAGGUUGUAUGUUGAUAUAAAUAAUGGGUACCACUUUACAAUAACUACACCUUAAUUAGCCUUAAGGAAACAUGAACAAAUACUGUAUUCAUAAUGAGCAAAUGUUUAUUAGGAACAAUUCACGCUUAGAGAGGCUUAAUUAAAGGAUUAGGGUUAGGAGUUGGGAUUUUAAAGGUGCACUGUGGAACUUUCUGGUGGAUGGUCCGUCUCCUGCCUCUCUUCAUGGAGAUGUUAUCGCUUUGUCAAGAACAGGGCUCUCCAACCUGUAGCUCGGGAGCGACCAGCAGUUCUCCGCCCCCUUCCAAGUACCUCACCAAGGGAUUUCGGAAUUAUACCAUUGUGCUGAAAAACAAAAAUGUGGUUAAUUACAUGCCACUUACUAUUGUACAUGUGUCAUUUUGAAGCCCAACUUUGUGCACUAAUAAAUGGACAAUGGUUUAUGUUUUAUAGGCAUCUAACUGUACCCCAAGGUCCCAUAGUAUGGCAUUAAACUUAUCUAUUUCAUAUAUUCACAUUCACUUAUUAUGUAUGAAGACAAGCCCACAAUGCCUCCAAGCCAAGUUACAUGCCAGAUCUGUGGAGAGAUGAGCGCACUUUCUGUAGGAAUGCAUGUUUUUCAUAGUAUUGAGCCGUAAAACAUCUGUAACUGAAUAAAUGCAUCAUAGAUGAGUUUAAUGCAACACUGUGAAACCUGAAGGCAAAGCAGUAUCUCCACGGAAACGACUUUGAGGCGGACCUCCUAACAGAAAAAUUACAUAGUGCACCUUUAACAAGUUAUUAAACCUAAAUCAUUCUUAAUAAAUUAUGUAUUUAUUCUGAAUGAAAUCUUUGUUGAGGCUAAUUAAAAUGUAAUUACUCUAAAAUGUGACCUUAUAAUGUAACUUAAUGUAUUAUAGUCAUGUUUCACACUUUGUUUCUCCGUCUCCUCCUGGGUCUAUGGGCAGAAGUCCAGCAGCACUUUACCGGUUCCUGCUGUCUGCAAUUAAACCAUUGAUUGACCUCAAUGUGAGCAAACACAAGGCAUGCUGGGUAAAAAGCCCCUCUUACGGACAUCCCCUCGCUCACUGGACCAGAUUGGAUUACAGAGAUCAAGGGGAGGGCACGCUGCAAAUGUUUUAUUUUGUUAGAACAACAUUUCAUAAUUAAAUUAACUUAUUAUUGGAAGGCAUUUGGUAAGUACUUGGACGAAA